AUGUUGCCUUCUGACUUCCACGAAAAAGGCCUUGCUUCACUAGGGUACCAUCUGUGCAACUACACCCUGACCAAAAGUGUGUUUAAAAUGGUUGCCUACCAAAAGUCCUAUGAGAAAAAGACAUCCUGUGGAGGGUGGAUCCCAUGGAUGGUGUGUCCCCAGACACACCACAGAACAGAGUUUCACAGUGUUGAAGUCCCUGAAACCAUCACUCUCACAGAUUGCUGUGAAGGAUAUGAGCAGGUUGGACUCUACUGCUCUCUAGGGAGGAUGUUCUGGUACAACGUGACAGUGCUUGUGAAAAUGGAUUUUAAUGAAUUGAUCCGGGUGGAUUCCCACCUUCUGAAUCAUUCCCGCCUUUUGCACUCCGUGAUCACUGGUGCAUUGCAGCCCCUGAAUGCCUCUGUGCACCACAUCCAGAGUGACCGUGGGGACAUCUACGCUGGGACAGUGGCCUCCCAGCUUCUCCUGGGCAUGCACCAUCCAGCUCCUCUGGCAGAGGUUUCCUCCUCCCUGAAGGCCAUGGUGGAGCGCGUGUAUGAAGUGAUUGACGCACAAGCGCAAGAUGUCAAUGAAUGCUCCUAUGCUGAAUUCAAUGCUUGCCCUGAGAAAAGCAGCUGUGUAAACCUGGAGGGUUCUUACAGCUGCCACCCCCAGCAUGACCAUGCCGCUGUCAUCCCUCACUGGCUGAGCCCCAGGAAGGAAGAUCCCUCUGCAGUUACAAACCAUCGAAUCCUCAGCGUUACCAGCAACAGCUUUGGAAUGUCCUGGCUUGUCAGUUCCACUCUGAACCACACUUUCCAAGUCCGGGUGGCCAAGGGCAAUGAAACUGUGCAAAACCUGAAGACAGAGGAAUUGCAGCUGGAUGUGUCUCACCUGGAAGCAGGUGUGAUGUAUUCAGUAGAGAUCAGCUAUGAAACUUGUGGAAAAACCAUUAUCUCCCAUCAAAAUGUUAAAACAGAGGCCAAGAUAUUUGAUGUUACUAUGAGGAUUCUCAACUACAACUUCACUGAUGAUUUCCAUAAUUCCAGCAGCUCAGCAUAUGAGGAAUUUUCAAGGCUGUUGCUUACAGAGCUUGAAAAUUCAUUCCCACCCAACAUUUCUGCCUUGUAUAAAUCUGGGAAGCUCAAAGUGCAGAUUGAAUCUCUGGCAGCAGGAAGCAUUGUUGUGAAGAUCAGAAUCACCGUGCAGGAUCCUGAGUUUCCAGUGGAUGCCUCCACAUUUGCUCCAGUGCUUUCCUACCAGCACAAUAGCUCUGUGCUUGUGGUGGAUCAGCAAAACACUGUAGUAGAAGACUGGGAUGAAUGUGCUUCUCUAGAGAAUGACUGCUCUGUGUUUGCAGAGUGCAUCAAUUUGAUGGGCUCCUACACGUGCAGGUGCAAGACAACCAUGGAUACCAAUCCAUCCCGACCUGGAAGAAACUGUGAGGGUGAGAUUGUGGAUCCUCUUACUGAAACCAUGGCUCAUGAAAUCAGAACCAGCACGGAGAAGCCACAUGUUCUACACUGUGUUCAUGACCAUCCAAGACCUGUUUUUGUGCAGAAAUCUCUGCCCCUUGAGGUGCUCCAGCAGAUGGAUGCUGGUCUGAUCAAAGUGCUGGUAACGGGUGUUACUAAUGGGAGCACAGUGGUAAGUUUCAAUUUGCUGCUUGCAGAAGAAGUGGAUGUCCACCAUGUCAUCACCACUUUUUGUGAGGCCUUGGAAAACAGCUCCUCCUUCACCGUGGACAGGAGCAGCCUCUCCAUACACGAUCCCAUGGCAACUCCAGAUAUUUCUGCUCGAGCAUCUCCAACCCCCCUGGUCAAACCUGCCCAAGAGGUUUCCCUUAAAGACGCUGUGAGUGUGUUGUGUGAGAUUGAGAGGAUCGUCCUUGCCAUCCAGAAGAGAUUCUUGCAGCAGGAGUCUAUCCCAGAGAGUUCCCUGUUCCUGGGGGAGCCUGGCUGCAAUGUGAGCACCAGCAAUGGCACCCACGUUGUGCUGCAGGCGGGCUGGAGCGACUGUGGCACCCAAGUUGAGACUAACAUGACUACUACUGUGGUGAGAACCACCCUUCGGAAUGAUGCUUCUGCUCAGGGAAUAAUCCACCACUUGAACGUUGCCAGUCCCAUCCACUGUGUGUUUCAAAACCAUGUCUUGACUUCCUCUGGGUACACUGCAGAAGGACUUUACACCAUCUUUGAGGAUUUGCAUGGAUCUGGAUACUUCAGAACAGAAAUGCAGUUGUUUAUUGGAAACUCCCCAGUCCCCAAAAAUUUCAGCGUCUCUGCCAGUGAGGAUGUGCUGAUCGAAGUGGGGAUGCAGAGGGCAGACAGCCAGCUCAAGGUGGUUCUCACUGACUGCUGGGCCACUCCAACCAAUAAUUCAAUGGAUCCCCUGGCAUUUGUUUUUAUCAGCAACAGCUGUCCCAUCCCAAAUACUUACACCACGCUGCUGGAAAAUGGGAAUUCAAGCAAAGCUCAGUUUAAGAUGAAAAUUUUUUCCUUUGUCAACAACUCUGUGGUUUACUUACACUGCAGAAUUCGUAUUUGUAUGGAGUCACCAGGAAGCACCUGCAGGACUAGGUGCCAUGCGAGGGCUCGGCUCCUGAAGGCUGGAGAAACCAUCGCCCUGCACAGAACAUCCUGGGGACCCCUGUGUAAAUCAACUGGUGAGCCUAGAGAGAAGGAGGCUGGAAUGGGAAUUGGAUACAUCAUCCUCAUCGCCCUUGCUGUGUUUGGUUUUGUGCUGGGAGUUGUGACCCUUCUCAUUUUCCAGUACCAGCGAAAGACAGGAAGGUACAACCUCAGCAUCAAGCCUGACAACUUCAGCUACCAAGUGUUCUAUGAGUAG